AUGACAAUUCCUAAAUCUCCUUUAUCCACAUCACAGGCACUCGCUUCCAAUGGAAUGGAUGCCUAUACUCAGCGAUUAAAAAUCGCAACUCAAAAUAUGGCCAACGCUCAAUCCACAGCAAAGACACCUGACGGCAAAUCGUAUCAACGUGAAGUGGUGACUUUUAAAGAAAAAAUGGAUAGAAAUUUAGGUCAAAAAACCGUGAAAGCAAAUAAGCCUGUGAAAGAUAAGUCCGCUUUUCGGACGGAAUAUAAACCAGGCCAUCCUGCUGCAGAUGAAAACGGGUACGUUUUAAUGCCAAAUGUAGACCCUAUGGUUGAAAUGAUGGACGUCAUGGAAGCAAGGAAUGGUCAUAAACGUUUGGCCAGCGCCUAUAAAAUGGCCACAACAAUGAAGCAUACAGAAUUAAAAAUGAUGAGUUAG